AUGUUGAAUGGCAUAUACUCUCCCGAGCUAUCUCUAAAUUGCGACCCCGAUGCUGUCCAGCUGACUGAUUAUGCUAUACAAGGAAACGCGAAAGCGAUACGAAUGCAGAGGGUGAGUCCUGGGAUGGUGAGGAUUGUCAAUGUCAAGGGACGUCGACCGAAUCACCGUUUGCAAGCUAAAUUCCAUAUGCAGCAGAUCCCAAUUGCGCAACAUGAUCGACCGAGACGCUUUGAUGGAGAAGCCAGAGUAGACAGAGUAAGCCCCAACAUGAUUGGAACUGUGUCAACUCAGCAUCCCAUCUGCGAGCAGAACACUACUCCACCACCGGCUGCACCGGAAGUCCCACUACCGAAAGAAGCUCCCUUGAUUCUAGACGUGUUCCCUCUAUUCGACUGUCCUGCGCACUCGGAAGAGACUAUCAAAGCCUUCCUUUCCAGCCCGGCACACAGCAAAUUCUCCAGCACUUUCCUUCGAAUCGACGAAUUUCACGACGGCUCGAGGCUUGCUAUCCAUGAUGCUACUAAUGAAAGCCUACUCGAUUUCGACCCUGGGGACAAGGAGCAAGGAGAAUUGGGUUGGAUCGAACGACCGAUGGAUGAAAGAAUUUUUGAUCUUAAGGAGAUGGUUGGGGGGUGGAGGAGGGGAGAUGCGAUUGUGGUUAAUGGGAUAUUAGGAACGGUGUAUUUCUUUAGGUGGAAGGAGGAUGUGGAUUUUAUCGAGGAGAGGCUUGGGAGGGAAGGGGUUGAGGUUAGGGAUUUUGCGUGUAAGGGGAGAGAUGAAGGGAACGGUGGGGAAGGGGAGACUGAUGGGCCAGGUUCUGAUAAAAUCCCAUUUGAUGGGACGGAGAUGUCUCGUCAUGUAGUGAUGUGA